UCGAAAUUUUGAGCGCAAGAAUGUAAUGCCUCCAUUUUGUUUAUUUUCUGAAGUGAAAUCGGCAUUUAAUUCUGAAUGUUUAAAAAAGUAAUUAUCGACGAAUAAGUCUAGGAAAAUAACGGUCAUAUUACGUGUAGUGUUUCUCAUUUAAAAUCGUAUAUAUGUUUCUUGUGCACACCCCUCGUUUAGAGGGUUUAGAAAACAGCAGACAUUGGGCGCAUCGCGAGUAAGCAUUUUGUCAAAUUGACUACCGUCUCCGGCACUAAAAAUAGUUCUCAUCAUUUGAAUAAUAGUAACAAUCAAACGUCUUUAAUAACAGAUAAAAGUUUUACUAUAAACUCUAAGAAAAAUAAGAGCGCUAUUACCACCGGUCAGAAGGAAAAGACGGGGGCACCGGAGACGCCGCCCCUCACUAUGAACCACGUGACUUCACAAGAGCGAAGAAACGAAAUUAAUCCACAAAAUAACCUAAAUGAUGUAGAGGAAAUGGAAACUCAAGAAGUUACUGCUGUGGAGUAUAUGGCAGUCAGUGGCGGAGGCGAAAUGGACCAUUCGCAAAACGGUGAGGUUAUGUUCGGGCCGCAGCCUGAUCCCAGCUCGACCGUUCAGGACGCCGACAUGGAAGAGGACGAGGCACGAUCUGAGGCCACCUUUCGUUUCACCCUUCCGCAGUUUAGUAAAUUAAAGGACUCAGUUUUAUCGCCACCAUGUUACGUGCGGAACCUUCCGUGGAAAAUUAUGGUUAUGCCUCGCACGAGCCACACACAAGAGAGAACGACGCAACGCUCCUUGGGCUUCUUUCUGCAAUGCAACGGUGAGAGCGAGUCUAGCUCUUGGUCCUGCUACGCAGUCGCCGAACUACGUCUGUUGUCGGUUCGAACCGACAUAGAAUCCUUUAGCAGGAAAAUACAGCAUUUGUUUUACUCAAAAGAAAAUGAUUGGGGUUUUUCGCACUUCAUGGCAUGGAACGAAGUGCUAGACGUCGAUAAAGGCUAUAUACGCGAUGAUACUAUCACUUUAGAAGUGCACGUCGUGGCGGACGCACCUCACGGCGUCUCUUGGGACAGUAAAAAGCAUACCGGUUAUGUCGGUCUUAAGAAUCAGGGCGCGACCUGCUACAUGAAUUCUCUUUUGCAAACCCUGUAUUUCACGAAUCAACUGAGAAAGGCUGUGUAUAAAAUGCCGACAGAGUCCGACGACUCUACAAAGUCGGUUGCGUUGGCAUUGCAGAGGGUGUUUCAUGAACUUCAAUUUUGUGAUAAGCCAGUCGGAACGAAGAAGCUUACGAAGAGCUUCGGUUGGGAGACUCUGGAUUCCUUUAUGCAGCAUGAUGUUCAAGAAUUUUUAAGGGUCCUGCUUGACAAACUGGAGAGUAAAAUGAAAGGCACAUGUGUAGAAGGUACAGUUCCUAAGUUAUUCGAAGGCAAAAUGAUAUCUUACAUCCGCUGUAAAAAUGUCGACUACACUAGCACUCGAACCGAAACGUUUUACGACAUUCAACUAAACAUCAAGGGCAAAAAGAACAUCGACGAGUCAUUUAAGGAUUAUAUCGCUAAAGAAACGCUAGAUGGCGACAACAAGUACGACGCCGGCGAGCACGGUCUGCAGGACGCAGAGAAGGGCGUCGUGUUCUCGUCGUUUCCGCCCGUACUGCAUCUACAUCUGAUGAGGUUUCAGUAUGACCCGAUCACCGACUGUUCGGUCAAGUUUAAUGAUCGUUUCGAGUUUUAUGAGAAGAUCUCGCUGGACAGUUACCUCGAGGAUUCCGAUCCGACCAAUUCGGCAGACUACACGUUGCACGCCGUACUCGUGCAUUCGGGCGACAAUCACGGGGGACACUAUGUCGUCUUUAUUAAUCCUAAAGGUGAUGGAAAAUGGUGUAAAUUUGAUGACGAUGUCGUGUCGAGGUGUACAAAACAGGAAGCGAUUGAGCACAAUUACGGUGGCCACGAUGACGAUAUGAACAUGACUGUCAAGCAUUGUACAAACGCCUACAUGUUGGUCUACAUCAGGGAUACGGAGCUACACAACGUCCUGCAAGAGGUGACCGAUCCCGAUAUACCGAGCGAGUUGGCAGAUAGGUUAGCCGAAGAAAAACGAAUGGAACAGGUUAGGCGAAAGGAACGCAGCGAGGCUCACUUGUAUAUGACGAUAAACGUACUAUUAGAAGAUUCAUUCGACGGGCAUCAGGGGAACGACUUAUACGAUCCGGAACGGGCAUUGUACAGAGUUUUUCGAAUAAAAAAAGCAGCUACGGUUGGCGAAAUGAUGGAAAUGCUGGCAGAUAGCUUUAAAUAUCCACCGGAACAAAUCAGACCGUGGCCUUUUAGUCAUCGUUCAAAUCAAACGCUCCGUCCCAGCCUACUCGACCUAGAGUCCGACCUACACAAGAACGUCUUGGACGCGUCGGAGAAUCAGAAUCCUUGGAACAUUUUUUUGGAAUUGUUACCUCCCGAUUCGGGUCAGCCCUCGCUUCCCAACUUCGACAAGGAUACGGACGUGCUGUUAUUUUUCAAAUUGUACGAUCCGAAACAGAAGAAGAUCCAUUAUUGCGGGCACCAUUACUUGCCGGUCACUAGCCGACUAUCAGAUCUUGUACCUUUAUUAAACGAGCGCGCCGGAUUUCCGCCUGAUACCGAACUCGUGCUGUAUGAAGAAAUAAGGCCGAAUAUGAUCGAAAAAAUUGCUAAUAUUAAUGAUCCAUUGGAAAAGGUGCUGGACGAAUUGAUGGAUGGCGAUAUAAUCGUAUUCGAAAAGGAAGAAAGGGAAGAACUCUCCGAUCUGCCGACCUGCGCGGAUUACUUCAAAGAUCUAUUCUUUCGAGUCGAAGUGACAUUUGUAGAUAAAUCUAUACCGAAUGACACCGGCUUCACGAUGGAGUUAUCGCAACGUAUGACCUACGAUCAGCUAGCGAGGGCGGUCGCGCAAAGGGUGGGCACCGAUCCGUAUUUGUUACAGUUUUUCAAAUGUCAAAGUUAUAAAGACAUUCCGGGAAAUCCACUCAGAUGUACAUUCGACGGGACGUUAAAUGAUCUGCUGUUGCCCUCGAAACCAAAAACGCCAAAGAAAAUUUUUUAUCAGCAACUUAGUAUAAGAGUUAACGAAUUAGAAAAUAAAAGGCAAAUUAAAUGUAUUUGGGUAGGGUCGAAAUUUAAAGAGGAAAAGGAGUUAAUAUUAUAUCCUAAUAAAGGAGGAACGGUUGCGGAUCUUUUAGAGGAGGCUAAAAAACAAGUCGAAUUUGCCGAGGGUGGCACUGGGAAAUUAAGGUUAGUGGAAGUGAAUUGCAAUAAGGUUAUCGCAGGUCCUAAGGAGGAUAUGUCGUUGGAAGCGUUGGCGAUAGGUACGGCCAAAGUGUAUAGAGUGGAGGAAAUCCCCACGGAGGAGCUCAGACUGCAAGACGAUGAAAUGUUAAUUUCGUGCGCGCAUUUCCAAAAGGAGGUCUUUUCCACUUUUGGAAUACCGUUUUUAAUCAAAAUCAAACAUGGCGAAGCUUUCGUCAGGGUUAAAGAACGAAUACAGAAAAAAUUGGCUGUGCCGGAGAAGGAGUGGGAAAAGUUUAAAUUUGCUAUUGUUGUUAUGGGAAGGCCACAUUUCAUCUCCGAUGAUGAUUUUAUAAUUAACAUUGAUGAAUUUAGACCACACGCUAACAAUAGUGGUAGUCCACGACCAUGGUUAGGAUUGGAACAUGUAAAUAAGGCGCCGAAACGGUCUCGAUUUAAUUAUUUAGAAAAGGCUAUUAAAAUUUACAACUGAGACUGAUGGCGGCGGGCAUUGUGAGUGAGCUUCGGAGUCGUCACCUCAAUUUUGCAACCCCAAAUUCUAUUUCUUGACUGUGCUUGAGAACGUUUACGUACGGUAUAACACCAGUGUAUUGUAAAUAUAUGACAUGCAUGUUUGUAUACAAAUAGUGACUUUAAUUGAACAUGAAUUAAUUACUCAAUUGUUAAUUACUAAUGUAAUUUAUGUUUAAAUACUGUUUUUAAUAAUUUUAUUAAAUGCCACGGUGUAGCGAUAUAUAUUAUAUGUAUAAUUUGCUUUCAAAUAUAAUCGUUGAAAUCGUGGACGUUUUUCUGUUUUUCUUUUUUUUAAUAUGGACUUGUAGGAAUAAUAUUUAUAAUUAAGUUAUUAACAAAGACCAAGAUUCCGUCUUUUGCCUGUAUAAUAAUUUUUUUUUACUAUCAAAGUAAUAUCUGAACUGGCGAAUGUAUGGAAUGAGGUACGUUUGUCUCAGUUUUUCGGCAUUUUGGAGUUCACUAUAUAUGAAAGAAAAUGUAAUCGGCACAUUUUUCUGUUAAAACUAGUUCUAUCUUAUUGUGUUAAAAGUAUUCUUGUCUUACUGUUUUAAUUUAUUUAAAUGCAAUGUGAUUAGUUUAAUUUCUAUUUUAAGUUGCAAGUGUAUGACUGAACGUAGUAAAUAAACACUGGGUCAAACGUAAACGAUAUUGUAAUACUACUACAUUGUGAUGGUUAAAGCAUUUGAUUGAUAGGUGCUGCUUAAAGUGUGUUUAACAGUAUUUUAAGUAAAGUAAUAUAAAUAUUUAA